AUGAAAAUUCACUUUCGACCCGCUAUUGUCGUAGUCUCGCUACUCACCUGUUCAUGUAGCUCGGUUGCCGUGCCCAGAGGGGUCAUUUCAGAGUUGAAGGUCGGGCCUUCAAUCGUCGAGGUCUCGCCGAGUUUCCGGAACGUGUUUCCAGUGAAGAACUUCAAUCGCAAUGUUACUACUACGUGGUGGGAGACCGAGUCUCUCGAUGAAAGCGAAUCAACUGCUGCAAAAACUCUUCAAUCUCUCCGCGACGCCAACUUCAUCGUUUUUGACCAAGGUUUCUAUGAGGUUCUUGGGGUUGAUGAUUUCCAAAGCAACAAAUCAGUAGAGACUAUCUUUGAGUUCCCACCCGGCCCUUCUUUCGCCAAUCGCCUCGUGCAUGAUGGAACUGUCUAUUCUCUUGAAUGCAACUGCAUCUUCUUUGCUGAGCUCCAUCCCCCCAAGGAGGGUUUCUCGACCGAUGCAAUGCCCUGGGUGUGGCGAGUAAACCUUAACGAAAGCACACCUGUCGUCGAAAAAGUAUACCCGCAACCUCAACUUACAGUGGGAAACGGGGCGUUUUAUCAUGAUGGGAGUAUCUACUGGGCACAGGAAGGCAACUACACCAACCCUGGCGGCAUCGUGCGCAUGGAUCCACUCACGCUUGAGACGGAGGUCGUGCUUAACAACUUCCUCGGUCAUCGAUUCAAUUCCCCGAACGAUGUCGUUCUCACUUCUGACGGUAUUGCAUUCUUCACUGACGGGUACUAUGGCUUCGACAACUUCAACGAUACUCUCAAGCCAGAGCUUGCAAAUGGCGUAUGGCGCUGGGACAUCAACACUGGCGAUGUGCGUCAGGUCGCGGGCGCCGGAACGGGUAUCUGGCUUAAUCCCAACGGUGUUGCUCUUUCUCCGGGCGAGGAUAGAUUGUACGUCACAGCUCGCGGCGAGACUUCAGCUGAUGCUGCUGGUCAAAGAACCAUUUAUCAGUUCAACAUUCAGCCGGAAGGAUCGAACAGCCCUCCGCUACAGCUAGCGGGAAUCUUUGCGUACGCAGAUGCGGGAUUCCCCGAUGGCAUCAAGGUUGAUGCUGAGGGAAGAGUGUAUGGAGGCGUUACGGGCGGUGUCGAUGUAUUUAGUCCUGGUGGCCAGCUGAUUGGCAAGAUCAACGUCGCGCGGGGGGAUGUUGCUGUCAAUAUGCAGUUUGUGGACGACUGGCUGUACAUUGCCGGACGAACCUACUUGUAUAGAGUACAGCUAGGAACAACUGGGGUACGAAAGUACUGA